AUGCCAAACAGAACCAUUAUCAUGGAUUUCUUGCUUAUGGGAUUUUCUGAACAACGGGAGUUCCAGCUUUUGCAUUUUGUGGUCUUCUUCAUGAUGUAUCUGGUUAUACUGAUAGGAAAUGUUCUCCUCAUCGUUCUCGUAGUAAUGAACAACCAUCUUCAGACGCCAAUGUACUUCUUUCUGGUCAAUUUAGCAAUUGUUGAUCUGGGAUCCACCACUGUCACUAUUCCGAGAUCAAUAGUCAGUGCCCUCAUGAAUGCAAGAAGGAUUUCAAAUUCUGAAUGUGCUGCACAAAUGUUUUUCUUUCUUUUUUUCCUGUCAUCAGACCUUUUCCUUCUUACGGCUAUGGCUUAUGACAGAUAUGUGGCUAUCUGCCAUCCUUUACAUUAUAUGUCUAUGAUGCAGUGGAGAAACUGCAUCCAGAUGGCAGGGGGCGCAUGGAUGGUAGGCUUUCUUAAUGCUGCCAUGCAUACAGGAAGUCUUUUUUCAUUGCCUUUCUGUUCCAAAGUUAUUCAUCAGUUCUUCUGUGAAAUCCCACACCUCAUGAAAAUUUCCUGCUUUGAUUCCAAAUUCAAUGAAAAGUGGGUACUUCUUUUUAGUGCUUUUUUUGGUGUUGUUUGUUUUAUGUUAAUUAUCAUAUCAUAUGUAAAAAUCUUUAACACACUAUUAAGCAUGUCCUCAAUGGCUGGUAGACAAAAGGCCUUAUCUACUUGCAUUCCCCAUCUCCUUGUUGUCUGCUUAUUAUGUGGUACAGGUGUAUUUUCCCAUUUCAUACCAAAUUCUGGAUCUUCUUAUGAAUGGGAUGAAGUCCUUGCAGUAAUCUACUCUGUGAUCCCUCCAAUGAUGAACCCUGUAAUCUAUAGCAUGAGGAAUAAGGAUAUCAAAGCUGCUUUAUGGAAACUAUUUAAUCAAAGGAUUACAAAUUAA